AUGGAAGACAAUGGUUGUAGAGGUUUUGGUAGAGGAAGAGGGGGAGGUAAUGCUAGAGGAAGAGGGGGAGGUAGAAUUAGGGGAAGAGGGAAAGGCAAAGGUAUGGAGCAGCCGACACUGCCUUCUCCAUCCCAACCUCCUCAAUCAAUCACUUCUAGUCCUAGCAAUCAUGAUUCCACUACAGAGAGCCUGCAUACUCCAACAACGCUUAGUCCCUUGCGCAAUUCUGGAGAUUCCACUUCUACUCAUGAUUCCACUUGUGUACAUGGUCCAAAUGCCACUGUUGAUGCUAAUGGAAAACUUCUGGUCCGUUUAGUAGAAGGAAAAAAAGUAAGUUGUUACAAGUUUGAGUCUAAAAUAUCCCGUGAAGUUACGAAGUGCAUAAAAAGUAAGUUUGAAGGGGCUUGGAUACGUUAUGGGGAUGUGAAGCGAGAAAACAAAGCUUUGACCGACGUGUGGUUUGGUGAAUUUAAGAAAAGGUGUAGUUGGCCUCCUGAGCAAGAGUUAGCAGUACGCAAAGCAUUUGAUCAAAAAGCUAGUAGUCAACUAUCAGACGCAUUGUAUAGGGUCCGGGCAGGGCAAGAUCAAGGAACUUGGAUUCCUAGUGAGUAUCAUGCUGAAUUGGAAGAAAAAUGGAAGGAUAAAAAUUGGAAGGAGAAGGCAAAAAAAAAUUCUGCAAAUAGAAAAUCAUUCGAUCGACCACUACAUACCGGAGGAUCAAUCACAACAUCUGAGCACCUUAAGAGAAUGGACAUGUAUGUAGCACAAUUGGAUUUGGCCAUAUUUUGCUUUCUCAUUUUAUGA